UCCUCUGAGUUGAGAGUGCAUUUAGUCAAGUUUUCGGAGGCAGUAGGCAGAUAAAGUAGUGAAAUUUUAAUUCGAUAAUAAUACAUAGCACUAAAAUGGCAGGACAGACAAUAAACGAUCGCCUCCUAGCAGCACGCCAUAGUCUUGCUGGUCAGGGUCUGGCCAAAUCCGUCUGCAAGGCCACAACGGAAGAAUUGAUCGGACCGAAGAAAAAGCAUCUGGACUAUUUGGUCCACUGCACCAAUGAGCCCAACGUUUCAAUUCCGCAUUUGGCUAAUCUGCUUUUGGAGAGAACGCAAAAUACGAAUUGGGUUGUCGUUUACAAGGGUCUGAUUACAACACAUCAUAUAUUGGCCUACGGCAAUGAGAGAUUCAUUCAGUACUUAGCAUCGAGCAAUUCUUCUUUUCAACUGAAUAGUUUUCUUGACAAGGGAGGAGUACAAGGUGCUGUUGGGGCAAGGAUUGGAUAUGACAUGUCUCCCUUCAUAAGAAGAUAUGCAAAAUAUUUAAAUGAAAAGGCGCUCUCUUAUCGUACUUGUGCAUUUGAUUUCUGUAAGCUGAAACGCGGAAAAGAAGAGGGUUCACUUCGCGUUAUGACUGCUGAGAAACUUCUGAAAACUUUGCCGGUUCUGCAAGCACAACUGGACUCGCUGCUUGAAUUUGAUUGUACAGCGAACGAUUUAACAAAUGGCGUUAUCAACAUGUGUUUCAUGUUACUAUUCAGAGAUUUAAUUCGGUUGUUUGCCUGCUACAAUGACGGCAUAAUCAACUUGCUAGAGAAAUAUUUUGACAUGAAUAAGAAACAGUGCCGGGACGCUCUGGAUUUGUACAAGAAGUUUCUAACUCGCAUGGACCGCGUUGGAGAGUUUCUGAAAGUUGCUGAGAAUGUUGGCAUUGACAAAGGUGAUUUACCAGAUUUGACAAAAGCGCCGAGUUCUCUCCUCGAUGCUCUCGAGCAACAUUUGGCAACACUGGAAGGAAGAAAAGGUUCUGCUGCGAAUACUCCUACCCAGUCAGCAAACAAUCAAAGAAACAUAAAGAGUGGAGUCACAGCCCUAUCUUCUACCAGUUCUUCUUUUGGAACCGCGGCCGCAUCUACUAAGUUUGAUAACCCAUCGAACGGUUCAAUUGAUGAUAACCUUAAAGCUCAGGUACUGGCCGAAGAGGAAGCAGCGAUGAAUCAGUACAAGUCGAAAGUGUCAUCGCCAAUAGCCGGUGGCAAUAGUGCAACAAUUACCAACCCAUUUCUGUCUUCACCUACUACUACUCCAAGUGCAGUCGAUUUGUUCGCUGGUGUCGAUGUUCAGCCUGCACCAAGCGCCACGAUUAAAACAUCCGAUGAUCUUCUUCAACUCGGCAAUCCCUUUGCAGACAUGUUUGGCGCUCAGCCAGCACCAGUGGCGGCUGCUCCGAUCGAAUCUCUCGCCUCCGUCAACGACUUGUGGACAAGCAAUGGCUUCAAUAGUACACCAGUUGCAAUGGGAUCACAGCCAGCACCGGUUGCAGCUAAUUUGACCGAUACAUUUGUUUCAGAAAACAACUUUACGUCAGUUUUUGGAAAUAAAGAUGCACUCGGAGAAAGCGCACCGUUAGCAACAACUGCUCAACAGCCAGGAAAGGUGCUCACAGGAGAUUUAGAUAGCUCAUUGGCAUCGCUGGCAGAAAGCUUAUCUAUCAAUAAAACGUCAUCGGCGCAAAUCAAAAAUGUUCAGUGGAAUUCUCCCAAAAACACAACAAAACCUGGAUCGGUUGGUUGGUCUCCUCAGCCACAGCCGGCGACAAAUCAAUCGGGAUACAAACCAAUGGCGCAAGGUAUGACAGUUUGCCCUGCUCCUAGCACUAUUCAACCAAUUAUUCACACUUCUUACCCCGUAGUACCAACGUACAUGUUGCAGCAGGGAAUGCCCCAAAUCAGGCCCAUGAUGAAUCCGAUGAUGGGAUCUCCACAACCUGCUGGCAUGGUUAUGCAACAGUCGCAGCCGCACGGUGUCAUUGGUCAAUCUCCGCUGCCACAGCCCACGCAACCCCCGGCUAGCGCGGCAAACAUUCAGCUGGACCCAUUCGGAGCACUCUAAAAACAAUAAGCAGCAAAUCCGGGCAUAAAUAUUAAAAUGCAAUAACUAUGUAGAUGUUGAACAAAACAAAACUUCACAUGAAUUCCCACAAUGACUAUUGAAUAAAUAAGUUCAUGUAUUCACGAUAUUCAUUGCUAACGAAAAACUUAAUGAUGAUAUUCAUGUAAGAUAUGCAUAUAUACCUAUGUUAUAAUGUGCGCCAAUGCAGCAUGGACGCAACUCAAUAUUUAAAUGUUAAUCAAAACUAUAAUAAAGAUGAUGUAAAAUAUCUGUUGUUUAUGAGUAUUGUACAAUAAUCACAAUAAACGAGCAACAAAAUGUGAAAUGUGAGAACAUAUUAUUAAUCAUAGAUGCUUCUAAAUAACUGAAAAUAGUGUCGCUUCUGGAAAAGUAUGUUGAUCGCUUAGGUUUUCCUACAAGUAGUUGUUUGGUUACGAAUAAACUUACGAUAUAUCAAGAAAA